GUCCUUCAUACGAACACAUGUUAAUUAGCCGCCAGCUAAACAACUCGUACGAAAAGUGGCGAUAAACGCUGCUGAAGAUGGUCCAGCUCAGUAGAAUUUGCUUCCGUAAGUAUGGAAACUUUGUGGACAACCUCCGUCUGUACGUCCAUGGAGGCAGCGGCGGCAUGGGUUUACCUCGUCUUGGGGGACAGGGAGGCAACGGGGGAGAUGUUUGGGUGGUGGCUGCAAAGAACAUGACCUUGAAGAGGAUCAAGGACAAGCACCCCAAGAAACGUUUUGCAGGCGGAGCGGGAGCCAACAGCAGUGUCCGUUCACUGAAAGGAGAGAGAGGGAAGGACCAGGAGAUCCUAGCUCCUGUUGGUGUCACAGUCACCACUGAUGAUGGCAAAAUACUUGGUGACCUGAAUGCUGAGGGCGAUCGUGUGUUGGUGGCGAAAGGAGGACAUGGAGGCUCCCUCUACUCCACGUUCAAACCCAGUAAAGGCCAGUUCCAGCACAUUCGGCUGGACCUCAAACUCAUCGCUGACCUGGGCCUGGUGGGGUUCCCAAAUGCAGGAAAGUCGUCUCUCCUGACAGCCAUGUCUAACGCAACGCCUCAGAUUGCCAACUACGCUUUCACAACUUUGAAGCCGGAGAUUGGAAAACUUAUGUACAAGGAUCACAAGCAGAUCUCUGUUGCGGAUCUUCCAGGUCUGAUUGAGGGGGCUCACAUAAACAAAGGCAUGGGCCACAAGUUCCUAAAACACGUGGAGAGGACCAAGCAGCUGCUGUUUGUGGUAGAUGUUUGCGGUUUUCAGCUGGCAAGUAAAACACCGUUCAGGUCGGCAUUUGGAGCCGUGCAGCUUCUCACCAAGGAGUUGGAGUUGUACAACGAGGAGCUCGUGUCCAAGCCUGCGUUACUGGUGGUGAAUAAGAUGGACCUGCCUGAUGCUGAAGACAAACUAGCACAGCUACAAGAGCAACUACAAAACCCAGAUGAGUUUUCUGAUCUGUUGCCUGACAACAUGAUACCAAAGAACUACUUGACCUUCAGACACGUGGUCCCGGUCUCCGCCUCCACCGGGUUUGGUAUCGAACACCUGAAAAGCUGCAUCCGCAAGUCGCUUGAUGAAGAAGACGCCUCUGCAACUAAAGCCAUCCAUCAAGACAAGCUGCAGGCGCUUAGGUACCAUUCACAGGAGCAUUUGUGAUAAACAUGGACAAUAUCUCACUGUGACAAGUGUCGAGGACUGACAGAGCUCCAUCCUGUCCGGCAAAAAAAGUUGGAACACCAAUGAUAACAGAAAGUGUGCAGUUAUAGUGCACAGUCUCUGUGAAUGUGAUGGAUUUCUUAUAGACUGUCUUACUGUAAAAACAUCCAGUGUUACGAGGCUCUACGAGUUAAACUCUGCUGGAAAUAGUUGCUCCCUUAGUUAGAGGCUGUCAUCAAAACCUAAGAUACUGUUAACAUUGUCCUUCUUUAUUCAGAUUAUACUGUACAUCGUAAAAAUACUGAUGAAAAAUUGUUCUAAUGCCAGAUGUAUUAGAUGUUUAAGCAAUACCAGUUCUAGUGUCAGGUAACUGAUACAGGAUGAAUGCUGCGUCUAACAAGUGAGUGAAGGUGCAAAUGCAUUUUUUGGGCAUUUUUGCCUUUAUUAGAUGACCGACAGCAGAGAGCUGACAGGAGAGAAGUGGAAGUCAUGCAACAUACAACAAAAGUCCUUACGUCUUAAAUUCUGUGGCCCCCAACCAAUACUUUUCUGUUUCAUUAAAGUGUUUGCUAAGAUUGUAUUUAUUUUUGUUGGUGUGUUUUGCACAUUUACCAUCUUGUA